CAAAAAAUAUUAUUGGAACGAUGGUCAUACCAUCAUCAUCUGGUAUGAUGGCAACAAAAUCGUCAAAAUUACAACAACCACAUCAAUCAUUAAAACAACAACAACAACAAACAUUACAAUCAAUAUCGACAAUAUCAACAUUACAGCCGAAAUUAAAAUUACCAAUACAGACAAUAUUGCCACCGAUACCAUCUGUAAAGAAAAAACCAAUUUUACCGGAAUUAUCACCACAAGCUGGUUGGAUACCAUCGAAAAUUUUACCAUUCGAUAGUGUAAGGAUACCAAAAUUGAAAUCUCAAUCGAUGGCUACUGCUGCAUCAUCGAAAUUAUCAUCAACAACAACAUCUAUGGAUGUACAUUCAUCAUCAUCAUCAUCAUCAUCAUCAGCAUCGACACCAACAACUUCCAAUGAACAGCAAUCAUUAUCAUCAACAACCAUAUCUACAAUAUCAACAAUUGUUUCGCCACAAUCAAAGGCUAAAAAUAUUUUAUCAUCAAAAAUUGUACCAAAUUUAUCCGGUAUUGUUGUACCAUUGAAUAAUAAUAAUAAUAAUGUAAUGCCUGUUGUUCAACCUGGUCAACCGAAACCGAUUUCAUCGAUCAAAUCAGUUCCAGUUCCGGUUGCUGCAUCGACAGCCAUCCAACCGAAUGCCGUUGCACCAAUGUCAGCAACAAAAGCAAAAAAUAGUACUAGUGGUAGUGAUUUAGAUACCAGUGCAUCGUUUUCAUUACCCAUGAUGGAUAAGGGUAUUAUGGGUAAAAUUCAAAUGUUUCAAAAUUUAUUUGGAAGUUUAAUGAAUAAAGGCGGUGGCGGUGGAAAAUGUAAGCCUAAAUGUGCGAAAAUGAAAGGCUAUGGAAAAAUGAAAAUGUCGGUAAUGCCUGGUCUGGGCGAUAAACAAGCCGAACGUGAAGUUAAAAAAUAUGUUGAUGAAAACACAUUGGCCAUGUUGUUGAUGAAAGCUGUUGCUACAAGUGGUAAAGGCAAAGGCAAAGGAAAAGGAAAAGGUGGCCGAGGUGGUAAGGGAAAAAGUGGUGGUUACAAAGCAGGAAAAUCUGGCGGCGGUGGUGGUGGUUAUAAUUCCGGCGGUGGUGGUGGUUAUAAUUCCGGUGGUGGUGGCGGUUAUAAUUCCGGUGGUGGUGGUGGUUAUAAUUCCGGUGGUGGUGGUGGUUAUAAUUCCGGUGGUGGCAGUGGAUAUAGCAAUGGAAAUAUGCAAGGCGGUUAUAACUCAGGAAAUAUGGGCAGCGGUUACAAUUCCGGUAACUCGGGUGGUGGAAAUUAUGGCUCAGGGAAUAUGGGCGGUAAUGCCGGUGGUUACGAUUCCGGGAAUAUGAACGGAGGGGGUGGUUACAAUUCCGGUAACACUGGUGGCGGUUAUAGCUCGGGAAAUAUGGGCGUUAGUGCCGGUGGUUACGAUUCUGGCAACUCGGGUGGUGGAAAUUAUGGCUCAGGGAAUAUGGGCAGCGGUUACGAUUCUGGAAAUAUGAACGGAGGGGGUGGUUACAAUUCCGGUAACACUGGUGGCGGUUAUAGCUCUGGAAAUAUGGGCGGAAAUUCUGGCGGUUACGAUUCUGGUAGCUCGGGUGGUGGCUAUAGCUCUGGAAGUGUGGGCGGUAGUUCUGGCGGUUAUGAUUCCGGCAACACUGGUGGUGGUUAUAGCUCUGGAAAUAUGGUCGGAAAUUCUGGCGGUUACGAUUCUGGUAACUCUGGUGGUGGCUAUGGCUCUGGAAAUGUCGGUGGUAGUUCUGGCGGUUACGAUUCUGGUAACUCUGGUGGUGGCUAUAGCUCUGGAAAUGUCGGUGGUAGUUCUGGCGGUUACGAUUCUGGUAGCUCGGGUGGUGGCUAUAGCUCUGGAAAUGUGGGCGGUAGUUCUGGUGGUUACGAUUCUGGUAACUCGGGUGGUGGUUAUAGCUCUGGAAAUAUGGGCGGAAAUUCUGGCGGUUACGAUUCUGGUAACUCUGGUGGCGGUUAUAGCUCUGGAAAUAUGGGCGGUAAUUCCGGUGGUUACGAUUCUGGUAACACUGGUGGUGGUUAUAGCUCUGGAAAUAUGGGCGGAAAUUCUGGCGGUUACGAUUCUGGUAACAAUGGUGGCGGUUAUAGCUCUGGAAAUGUGGGCGGUAAUGAUGCUGGCAACUCAGGUGGUGGCUAUAACUCAGGCAAUAUGGGUGGUAAUUCUGGUGGUUACGAUUCCGGUAACACUGGUGGCGGUUAUAGCUCUGGAAAUAUCGGUGGUGAUUCCGAUGGUUACGAUUCUGGUAGCUCGGGUGGUGGCUAUAACUCGGGAAAUGUGGGCGGUAGUUCUGGUGGUUACGAUUCUGGUAGCUCGGGUGGUGGCUAUAGCUCUGGAAAUGUGGGCGGUAGUUCUGGUGGUUACGAUUCUGGUAACUCGGGUGGUGGCUAUAGCUCUGGAAAUGUGGGCGGAGACGGGGGUGACAAUUUUGUUGGUGGUGGUGGCUAUAAUUCAGGAAGCUCAAGCGGUGGUGACUAUGGCUCUGAAAAUAACGGCAAUGGAAAUGGGGACCAUUAUGAUUCUGUUAGUGCUGGAAGCAGUGGACAUUCAAGUACUGGAAAUACCGGCAGUUUUGAUGAUGCUACUUCAGUCGGAAAUAGUUAUACGGGCGGAAAUGGUGAUGCUUACAAUUCUGGCAGUUCUGUGGGUGGAGAAGAUGGACAUGGAGCAAAUGAUGUUGAUCUUGGCUUUCAAAGCGAUUUCAAUGAUGAUUACAAUAAUGGUGGCGACAAUUCCGGUGAUGGUUUUGAUUCCGGAUUCAAUGAUGGUGGCGGAUCCUCGGGUUAUGGAGGAAAUAAUCAUCAAUCUAACUUUAAUAGUGGAUCAUCCGGUUUCUCAUCAGAUGGAUCUUCAUCCGGUUACAGCGGUGGAUCAGCAUCUGAUGGUGGUUUUGGCAAUAAUGAUGCGACUUACGGUGGUGGUGGUGGUGGUGGAUCAAAUGCAAAUAGUGGUUCAAACGAUUAUCGAAGUUCGUCAGCUCAGAUAUCCGGACCGAAUAAUUUCCAAAAUCCACGUAGUACAGUAUUUGAAGAUAACAAAGGUUAUGAUGAUGAACAAAAUAUUGUUGAACAAACAACCGGUGAAGAUGAUUCUAGUGAAACAUUUGUCGGUGGUAUACCGAUGAAUACGAUCAAAGAAUUAGUGAAUGAAGCCAUUACAGCUGCUGAACAUCAUAAACGCCAUAUGUCACAAUCGAUACAUUCAAUAAAAUCGAAUCAAAAACAUUAUGGUUCCGGUGAAUCGGUCAUUUGGAAUGAUCAUCAUCAACAACAACAACAACAGAUUGAUACAAAAUUUAAUCAAGUUGAAGAUAAUUCAAAUGAAGAUAGCCAAAGUCAAGAAUAUGAAGGCCAUGCAUCUAAUCGUAAUCCAGUUGUCAAUCAUCCGGUUGUGAAACAUGUACUAAAUGAAAUUGAAAAUAAUCCAAAUUUUCUGGAUGGAGCACGUGAAUUGGUACCACAUCCGAAAACAACAAUAGUAACAACAACAACAUCAUUAUCGCCGCCAUCGUCAUUGUCUGCCACAAGAAGAAAAACUGCAAGUCGAUCCAGAACAUUUGAACAGAAAAUUUCUGCAUCAACACCACGUAUGAAUAAAAUUUUUCCACAACUAUCAACAACACGUACAACACCGAUACCAACAACAACAUCAAGAAGACCAUCGCCUAUUCGAUCACAGCCACGAAAGAAAACCUUACCGGAACAAUCAUCAUCAUCAUCAUCAUCAUCAACAACAACAUCGGUAACAACAUCAAAUCCAAUAUUUAAUAUUGAAACAACAAUGCCAAUAAUGCAACCGAUAACAAAACCAUUGAAAAGUCAUCAUCAUCAUCAUCAUCAUCCACAUCAAUCAAAUUCAUCUAAUCGAAAUCAUCAUCAAAAUAAUCGUCAAAAUCGAACAAGACCACAGAAAAAUUUAAGUAAUUUAUUGAAAAAAGGUUUUUUCAAUUCAAUGGCUAAAUAUGGUGAUGCUCAUAAUAAUAAUAAUAACAACAACAACAAUAACAAUAAGAAUAAUAGCAACCAGAAUCAGAAUCAGAACCAGAAUCACAAUAAUCGUAAUACACGAAUAUUUAGAAAUUCAUGAUGAUUGAAAAAUUGAUUGUUUUUUUUUUUUUUUGUUCGAUCAAAUUCUAAUUUGAUGAUUUUUUUUCUCAUUCGUUCUGUCUUUACCCACAGUUCAUGUACAUAGCCAAUUGAUUAAUUAAUUGAUUUUUUUUUUGCAUCAUCAAAUUCGAAUGAUAGUAGUAUUUUUAUUUGGU